AUGUGGAAGCUUUUUGCAUUGUUGACUGUGUUCACUUUAGCAACAGUUUUGGUGGUUAAUGCUGAUAACAGUCAAGUGGACGACGCUGUGAACAAAGUUAAAGAAACUGCAGAAAAAGCAACAACAAUUGAAGAGGGUAGCCAGUACUGUCCUACAUAUGUUCCUGGAGCACAGAAAUGUCCACCAAGUAACAUCUUUUAUCAAUAUCAAUGCUGUGGAACAUUGAACAAAGAUUGUUGCUUUAAAUUACAGAUGUGGGUGUACAUUGUGCUCGGAGUGAUUGCAUUUCUUAUACUCCUUUCGUUGGCCAUCUCGCUUAUACGUUGCCUAUUUUGCAGGCACUAA